AUGGGGGCUUGCGGGGAUUUUCACACUGUAUUGAUCAGAUUGGAUGGACGGGCAGUGGCUUUUGGUGACGACAGAUAUGGUCAGUGUCAGGUGCCGAAUUUGCCCAAGGGUCUGCGCUACAUCUCGGCUGCAGCAGGUUGUCGUCACACUGUUCUUCUCCGCAGCGACGGGAGAGCGAUCGCUUUUGGAGCGAAUGAACAUGGACAGUGUGAUGUCCCGCCGCUGAGCGCGCAGCUACGCUACACUCGAGCUGCUGCUGGCAGCUGGCACACAGUCUUGUUGCGCAGCGAUGGCGAAGCUGUGGCCAUUGGCCGGCCUCAUGAGGGACAGUGCAAAGUCCCUGAACUGUCAGCGCUGACGGUCAGGGAGCAGCCUGUGGUCAGCAAAGUCGACACCAAGGACGUUGCCGUUCAGAUUGGCGAAGCCCGAAAGACUCGAUUGGGCCCUGCUGAGAGGAAACUGCAACCCACUUCGAGGGCGGCCUCCAAACACCUGCGGUACGUCGCUGUGGCUGCCGGGGCAUUUCACACCGUCUUGCUGCGAAGUGAUGGGGUGGCAGUUGCCUCGGGGUCUUACAAGUCCCUAGGGUUGGUUCCUCCACCUCCGUCUGGAGUGAAGUACGUUGAUGUGGCGGCCAAUCUGGAGCACACAUUAUUGCUUCGCAGCGAUGGGCAUGUGACUGCAUGUGGGCCGGAUGACGGAAGUGAGCGGCAACACAUCCCAACGCCCCAAGCUGGGCUGGACUACGUGGCCAUCGCCGCGGGAGCCCAUCACAGCGUUUUGUUGCGAAGCGACGGGACAAUGGUGGCUUGCGGACACAACAGUGAUGGUCGCUGUACGGUUCCUCCGCUCCCAGACAGGACUUGCUACACCUUCGUUGCAGCCGGCUUGCGACAUACCGUGGCUUGGAGGAGUGAUGGUGUUGCUGUGGCCUUUGGAAGCAGUUCGCUUCCGGCAGGGAACCCGCGAGUUCAAUCUGGCCCCUGUGACAUACCUCAUGCAGCACACGCGGCGCAUGCAAUGGAGGGCUCGGGUAUUGACUCGUGGUCACAGGCAGGGACCACUGGGGCCACUACAAAACUUACGAGCACAAACAGACCCCGCUCCUGUGCCAUUGCUCCGGAUGUGGACUUUAAAGCGACCCACUGUGAAUCACCGUUUGUCUUGGAGAGCGAAAUCAGCUCCCAUCGUUGA